AUGAACCAGACCACUAGCAACACUGCAAAAGAAACAGCCCCUCGCAACACUGCAAAACAAACAACCUCUUGCAACACAGCAAAACAAACAGCCUCUUGCAACACUGCAAAAGAAACAGCCUCUUGCAACACUGCAAAAGAAACAGCCCCUCGCAACACUGCAAAAGAAACAGCCCCUCGCAACACUGCAAAAGAAACAGUCUCUUGCAACACUGCAAAAGAAACAGCCUCUUGCAACACUGCAAAAGAAACAGCCCCUCGCAACACUGCAAAACAAACAGCCUCUUGCAACACUGCAAAACAAACAGCCUCUUGCAACACUGCAAAAGAAACAGCCCCUCGCAACACUGCAAAAGAAACAAUCUCUUGCAACACUGCAAAAGAAACAGCCCCUCGCAACACUGCAAAAGAAACAGUCUCUUGCAACACUGCAAAAGAAACAGUCUCUUGCAACACUGCAAAAGAAACAGCCCCUCGCAACACUGCAAAACAAACAGCCUCUUGCAACACUGCAAAAGAAACAGCCCCUCGCAACACUGCAAAAGAAACAAUCUCUUGCAACACUGCAAAACAAACGACCUCUUGCAACACUGCAAAAGAAACAGCCUCUUGCAACACUGCAAAACAAACAACCUCUUGCAACACUGCAAAACAAACAGCCUCUUGCAACACUGCAAAACAAACAACCUCUUUCAACACAGCAAAAGAAACAGCCUUUUGCAACACUGCAAAACAAACAGCCUCUUGCAACACAGCAAAACAAACAACCUCUUGCACAGCAAAACAACAAUCAUGCAGCAACAUAGAGGCAGUAGUGUGUGACAGCAGGUUUUAA